AUGAGCUACGUCGAUGCCGGCUGGCUGCCCCCCCAGAGCGAAUCCGAGCAGGGCAGCGACGCGGAGGACCAGGGACAUGUUGAUGGUUUGCCGAACUACGGCGAUGUGCACUUCUGGACCGAGGUUUACACACAGCAGCGAGGGCGCGAGAUGGCACCCAAGGAGUGGCUUCUCUCCUACUCGCACUUUGUCGCGCAAGGGUGGCUUCGCUUCUUCCCCUCCAAGGCCGCUCGGAUACUGGACUUGGGCUGCGGAGACUCCGAGUUCAUGUCGGAGGCCUAUGACGAUGGGUAUGAGGACAUAACUGGAGUUGACAUUGUGCCAGCAGUUCUGGACACCAUGAAGCAGCUGAACGCUUCGAGACGGCCUGGUAUCAAGUACGAGCUGGCGGAUGCAAGAGAGCUUUCUCUGUUUCCUGACGGCUCUUUCGACGUCGUCUUUGACAAGAGCACGCUGGAUGCUCUGAAGUGUGCUGGGCAGGAUGCGACAAGUCAGAUGUCAUCUGAGAUCCACCGCAUUCUGUCAAGCGACGGUGUGUACCUCUGCGUGAGUCUGAAUACCCCAGAGGAGGCUCAGCCGGCCAUCGAGCACACGGCGCAUGAAGACCGUGGAUGGGAUGUGCAGGUGCUGGUGUGCGAGAAUGGCGAGACUGCGGUGAAGAUCGCAUCCACCUUCUCGUGGCAGGAUGUCUCCAUGACUGUGCAGAAAGGCAAGAAGCAGGAGAAGCAAAUCCUCUCCAACAUCUCGGGCUCGCUCAGCAGUGGCAAGGUUUGCGCCCUGAUGGGCCCGUCCGGCGCAGGAAAGACAUCGCUCCUGAACGUCUUGGCCGCUCGCAUUCGCACUCGUGGAACAACGGAGGUGACAGGAAACAUUACUCUGGAUGGUCAACCCAUCACCGGGUCCUCCCUCCGAAAGCGCAUCGCGUACGUUAUGCAGCAGGACAUCCUGGUGCCAACUCAGACUGUCCGGGAGUCACUUUGGUUUUCAGCGAACCUUCGGCUGCCCAAGAGCUACAGCAUGAAAGACAAGAAGGAACUGGUGGAGAAGAUGUUGGUCGACCUCGGCUUGGUGAAGUGCGCCGACACCUACAUCGGCGACGAAAUGAUCCGCGGGGUUUCCGGAGGUGAGAAGAAGCGUACCUGCGUCGGAAUCGAGCUCAUCAUGAAGCCCAAGCUGAUUUUCUUGGACGAACCCACCUCUGGCCUGGAUUCGUAUGCUGCACACAACGUCAUCCUCAAGCUCGAGGAGCUGGCCAGCAAGGAGGGAUGCAACGUGCUCUGUACCAUCCACCAACCAUCGUCGGAGGUUUUCCACCUCUUCAACAAGGUCAUGCUCCUGCGCAGCGGCAAGCUGUUCUUCUUCGGUGGUGUGUCUGGCUUGUCUGGGCAGCUGCAUGCCGUCAACAAGGGCUGCCCGAACGAGUUCAACCUCGCAGACCAUGUGAUGUUCCUGCUGCAGACGGAGGCCGAGGCGGAGUUGGAUUCCAUGCAGGCUAAGAUGAUCAUGGAGACGCCGGCUGCGGGUGCAAGUCCGGAUGUGCCGCACGACAAGAGUGUGAUGACCAAGACGAUGGAGGGCGCCACGGCCGGCUUCUUGACCCAGCUCAUGGCUCUCACGAAGCGAGCUCCGGCACACAUCGAGGGGUACAAUCUUCUUUCGGAUUGCGGGCUCCGCAGCUUCAGUGGCGGAGGAGAGGCUCAGAACCUCUGGAGAGACAAGCCCGGGUUGAUCGCCUCCAUCAUCAUCCCGGUGAUCCUGAACGUCUUCUUCGCCGCCAUUUUCUACCAGGUGGGUGACAUCACCUUGGACACCUAUGACCCACGCUCCCACUUCGGCGGAAUGACGCAGGUGGCUAUCGGAGGCAUGUUCGGUGCCGCGCAGCCGUUGCUUUUGAAGUUCCCUUUGGACCGCGGCAUUUUCCUCCGUGAGUACGCGACUUCAACCUACGGCUCCGCAGCAUACUUCCUUUCGAAGACGAUGGUGGAGCUUCCGCAGUCCUUCCUGAAUGCUGUCAUCACCUGGACGGCUGCCUACUUCCUCAUGGGCCUGCGAGGGCAGUUCAUGAUUUACGUCCUUGUCUUCUGGGUCACUGGUGUGGCUGCAGCUUCCACCGCUGUUCUGGUCGGGUGCUUGGCAGCCAAUGCCGAGGUGGCACAGCAGGCCGCUCCCGCCGUUUUCGUGCCGCAGCUGCUCUUCGCCGGCUUCUUCAUCACAACGGAGCAGAUUCCAGCCUGGCUGAGAUGGGCGUCCUAUUUGUGCGCCCUGAAGUAUGGCAUGAACUUGAACAUCCUGAAUGAGUUCGGCUGCAUCCUUGGACUUGCAGAGCAAUACGUACUCUUGGAAAAUAAAAAUAAUGCAAGAAGCUACAUCACACUUUGA